UGCUUGGAAAUGUUGUUUUUUCAGUUUAAGAGUUUUCAGUUGAAAGUUUGCUUUGCUGAGACUAACAUUACUAUCUUGUAUCAGAUUUUCAUUUAUCUGGUCGCCAUGAUUACAUUAACUGUAACUUAUUUGUAAAUAUAACAGCAAUUAAUUUAAUUAUGGACAACCCAAAAACUUGGUGUGAUUACAAUGAAAAGUAAAUUGUCUUUCUAUUGAACAAGUUAACCAUUUUUACCUUCAACUUAACUGACAACCAGAAAAAAAGUGAAACCAGAAAUCAAAAUAUCAAAUCAACAUUUCUUUUCCAAUGACUAAUAGUGUGAAAUUACCUUCUAACCAGCAACUGUUUGGAUUAAAUAUGGCUACUAAUGUUUUGUUAAUCAAAUUUUGUGACCAACAUUUGGAUUAAUUGAAUGUUAUUAUCAACUGUUCAAAAGUCAACCCAAAAAUAAACCGUAAACCUAACCGUCUGUGAUAUAAUUUAACCAGUUUUUGUCAACUUGCAAUGAAAAUGUUUGGGUCAUCGAUAUUGGAUUUUAAAUUAGCUUUUUUUACUUGCCAAAUUUUUGUGACUCUAUGUUGUGGUCAACAAAUGGACACUUUUACCUCACCGGAUAUACUUCAUUAUGCCCAGAUUUUAGUUGAACCCUCACAAAGUCACCUAAUUAUUGGUGCAAGAGACACAAUCAUUCGAUUAGAAACAAACCAUUUAAAUAUAACGAAUGACAACAUAAUAAACUGGCCUGCCAAUGGAGAUGCUAUUCGGGCAUGUCGAAUGAAAGGUCAAUCGGAAUCGCUUUGCCGUAAUUAUGUCAAAGUGCUGUUGGGCAAAAACACAACCGAAGUCAAUUCAACCCUUGCCGAGGGUGAUUCAGUCAACAUUUUUGUCUGUGGAACCAACGCUUUCAAGCCAGUUUGUUCAUGGAGAAAAUCUGAUUCUCUGAACACGAUUGAAAGUGAAGAAGAUGCAAGUGGCAAAUGUCCGUACAAUCCUUCAUGGAAUACAACUUCGCUCUUUACAAGUCGAGGAAUUUACUUCUAUUUUGGACCAAUGGAUUCUCAGGGUCAUGAUAAUGCAGUUUUACGAUCUAAACCUUCCAAAUCAUCGACUAAAUGGGCACGAACCAUUGCCGCUGAUACUCGAUUCAUUAACCAUGAUGCUUCAUUUAUAACAUCAUUUGAAAAGGAUGACUUUGUUUACUUCAUUUUCAGGGAAUCAGCCAUUGAAUACAUGAACUGCGGUAAAACGGUUUACUCUCGAAUCGGUCGCCUCUGCAUUGGUGACAAGGGAGAGAGACGCUCAUCGGGACGCUAUUUAACCACAUUUGUCAAAACUCGAUUAAACUGUUCGCUUCCAGGCCAGUUUCCAUUUUACUUUGACGAAAUCCAGUCAGCCUUUUACACCAAUGGAACCAUUUACGGAGUCUUUUCAACACCAGAAAACAGUAUUCAUGGUUCCGCCAUUUGUGCCUUUACCAUAAGUGCAGUUGAGAAUGCAUUUCAAGGGCCUUUCAAACACCAAGACACACCAGGAUCAAUGUACAAACCUGAACAUAACAAAGAUGUUGCCUCACAAUUUUCAUGUAAUUCAAAUUCUGGUAAAACGGAUCAGAUUCGUAACCAAGCUGGAUAUCAGUUGAUGGAUCGUUCCGUUGGAACAUCAGAGGGUCGACCAUUGUUGAUUGAAAAGGCUCGAUUAACGCGCAUCGUUGUGGACUCUAUAUCAACCCUGCAUUACUCUCAAGUUACAGUUAUGUUUGUAUUGACAAACGGAUCUCGUUUACGUCGCUAUGUUGUCUGGCCUGGAUCAUUGAAAGCUUGUUUCAUUUCUGAAUGGAAUUUAGAUUUACAGACAAAUGAUUCGGUUCUUUCCAUAGCAAUGGUUCAAUCGGCACAUUCAAUUUAUUUAGGAACAGUUAAAUCACUGAAAAAAUUGUCGAUGUCCAAUUGUGAUGAUCAUUUAACAAGAGCUUCUUGCUUGACUUCAGGAGACCCUUAUUGUGCUUGGAACAAGAUUGAAAAUAUUUGUACUCGCUUUAACCUUUCCUCAUCUCCUGAUAUUUGGGAUCAAAAUGAAGAUGUAAUUUGUACUGAAAGAACGAAGAUUGUCGAUUGGUCACCUUGGUCUGAUUGGAGAUUUUGUUCUCGAAUAGUAAACGCAAAUGAAACCUCACAAUGUCAGUGUCGAUCUCGAUCUUGUCUAACUUUAGCUUGCACUGAACCUGAUGAGGUUGAGGUAGCCAAUUGUACCGUCAAUGGAGGAUGGACAGCCUGGUCUCCUUGGACUCAAUGUACCACCUCUUGUGGAUCAGAUGGAACCAAAACACGAUCCAGAAGUUGUACCAAUCCAAGCCCUCAAUAUGGUGGGUUACCCUGUGUUGGAGCUUCCUUCGAGAAAAUAAAGUGUCUUGACAAUCCUCCCUGUACAACCACCACCACUUCAACAACAACACCAGUGUCUACUUAUGAUGCCGAUGGAGAGGACAAUGGAUGGUCUUCUUUCUCUGAUUGGGAAGAGUGUCCAGUUAAAUGUGGCGGAGGUGUUCAAGUACGUCGUCGUACUUGCUCAGAUAUGAAUCCUGUUGGUAACCGUUGUCGAGGUUGUGACAUGGAAUGGAGACUUUGCAACACAGAGCCAUGUAAAGAAGUACGUCGAACCUUUGAGACACCUUGGUAUCGAGUCAAUUUCACAGCUGAUGGAUCGGGUGCAAUCGAGGAAAGACUCAAAGUUACUUGUAAAGCGUUCAAUUUGGCCGAGGAAACAGAUCUUGCCUUGACUCCUAGGCGUGAAGAGCGAACCAGUCCUCUGAGUUGGUCUGAAUGUUCAGUUAAAUGUGGCAAAGGAGUUCAAUUCAUGUACACUGGAUCAAUCUAUUUGAAGCGAGCUUGUGAUACCAAAGUUGAUUGUAUUGGCUGGUCAUCUUGGUCUAAAUGGUCAAAUUGUAUUAAUGGAGAAAGAGUUAGAUUUAGAUCGUGUAAAAAGGAGAAAUGUGAAGGUUCAGAAGAGGAAAGGAUUCCUUGUUCAUUCAGUUCAGGUGGACCUGUUUUGAAUAAGGGAUUAAAUUCAGUUGGAGAUGAUUAUUCUUCCGAGCCAAUUGAUAAUGAUUUGUCAUCUAAUCAAGGAAAAGGAAUGAUUGAACCAGGAACAAUUGGAGAUGAAGAACCAGCUUAUCGUCUAUCAGGAUUUCCCUCUGUUUCAGAUUCAACUUCAUCUUUAAUUGAAGAUCCAAAUGGCUUUGUUAAUAAUGUUAAUAGCCGUGGUUGGUCAACUGGAAAUUUAAUUUUAUUUGCCUGUUGUGCCUUCAUUGUGGGCAUUUUAUUUGGUACACUUAUAACUUAUUCAAUUAUGAGGAGAACACUUAAGGAUUCAGAUAAUUCCAAAUUAAGUCUUAAACUGUUUACAUCGCAAAAUACAAAUGAUAAAACAUGUAAUCCGUAUGUAACGGCAGAUCACUUCAGGAUCUCUAAUCUUAAUCCAUCUUCAUCUGCCUCAACUUGCCUGUUAAAUGGUGUUGGUCGUCCCUCUUCAUUAACAUCAGCAUCUUCACCAAUGCUUAACUAUAGUCCAACAAGGGAAGCAACUGUGAAAAGAGCUUCAACAAUUAGAGCUAAAUUAAAUUCAGAUCAAAACUUUUAAAACCUCCCAGAGCAACUACAAAAACAAUCAAUCGAGCUGCAUCAUUGUCAUUUAUAAAUAACCAUUAAUACAUCACCAUCAUUGCCAUCAUCAUCACAUUUUUCACAUUAUCCCAAAAAAACUCAUUGAUCAUCAUGAACCAAGCUUUGUACAUAUCAAGAGUCGAUUUUUUAUUCCUAAAAUCAAUUAUUAUUACAUUUAAUAUUAUCAUAGAAUGUCAAAAAUUUAAACUAUCAUGAAAAAAAAGAAACAUCUUCGGUUCAUUUUCAAUGGUUCCAUGGCCAUUGAACAAGUAUCAAUUGAAUCAUCAUUUGUAGACUAAAUUUUAUCACCAAUACAGUAAAGUACUCGUUUAAGGCAACUUUUUACUUUUCAUUCAGGGCAAUCUUCACUUUCGCCCUCUAAUUUACAUAUUUGUUGAAUACUAGCUGAAACGCCCAAGUCACUCGAUGGCUACUGAGAAAAAAAUUGCCUCAAUUGAGUACUUUACUGGACUGUACUGCCAAUUUUUGCCUGUAAUUUUGACACUCUUUACAUGUAUACACAACGAUACUCGAUGUUAUCAUUUCAAUAAAUAAACUGAACCAGAUGUAAUAUUUGAGAAAA